CGGCUUCCCCCUCCGCGCGCGAGACGGCGCCUGCCCUGCCCUGCCCCGCCCCCGCGGCGAUGCGCCUCUGCUGCGAGUGGUGCAGUCGCACAAGUG